AUGGCAGCAACAGCAUGGGGUUGGGCCGACGCUGGGCUCACAAUCUACUCGCUUCUCUCUAGCUGGUUCCCGGGUAGUGCUGGCGGAGCAGCGUCCACUGUGCGCAUCUACGCUGGAAUCAAUGACGCUGGCACCUCACAAGGCAAGGAUGGCGUGAUAAAGAAUAUUCAGUUGUACGACAUCAAUCAAUCGCUGAUUGGGAAUGGCGGUGCAAAUCAAGGUUGGAUCGGUAGUGGGCUUUACAAAGAUUACCGCAUCUCUCAGGUCGACAACCGACAAGCGACUUUCGCUCAAAUAUUCGCCACCAAUGAUGCCAUAUGUAUUCCAGUCGCAACUAUUACCUGGCCUGAUGGAACACCUAGUGCAUGGAUAGGCGACUUCGGGUGGCACUGUGGCCUGGAGUGGCACUAUGGCAAAGUGUGGAUCAGUGGGAAAACUCCAAGGUGCACCUGGAUUGACGCUGAUCACACAAACAAUAUUCGCGCCACGAUGCUUAUGAUUGGGUGGCCAUAUAAUGACCCUGAAAAGUCCGGCAGCCCAUCAUGUGGUUAUCCUGCCUUCCGCGCUUACAACGGCGGCAGUGGCAUCGUCAAAAGAGAGGGCCCGGUCGUCGGCCCUCGCAAGAAGGACCCUCGCUUGAUUAUCAGCUCUAUUCCUUCCCACAAUGCCACCGAGCUCUGCCUGAGUGAGACUUCGCGUGGUCCUGACCUGGUCUCGCUGGAAGAAGGCGUUUACUGCAACAUGGAAACACGUGAACUGCUUCCAUUGUGUGGUGGUGAUAUCAUCACGGACUGCUACGACGUAACUGAUAAACUUAGCCACAAGGGCUAG